CCCAUUUAAUCUCUCUAUCAAAUCUAUCGCUGUGCGUGUUUGUUUCCAGGGUUAGGGUUACGCUUCGUUUUUCGAACGACAAUGGAGGAGAUUACAGAGGCUGUUCAAAACAUAACCAUCACAGGCGACAAUCAUAAGAAGAAUCGCAUUCAGGUUUCCAACACCAAAAAGCCUCUCUUCUUCUACGUUAAUCUCGCUAAGAGGUAUAUGCAACAGCAUAAUGAUGUGGAGCUUUCCGCCCUAGGAAUGGCUAUUGCCACAGUUGUCACAAUUGCAGAAAUUCUCAAGAACAGUGGAUUUGCUGUUGAGAAAAAGAUUAUGACAUCCACUGUUGACAUGAAAGAUGAAUCUAGAGGAAGACCCAUCCAAAAAGCCAAGAUUGAGAUAUUACUGGGGAAGACUGAUAAAUUUGAUGAACUGAUGGCUGCUGCUGAGGAGGAAAGGGAGCUUGCAAAUGGUGGUGGUGAAGAGUGAAACUAGACUUGAUGAAGUCUUGAAAAAAAUGUUUUUUUUUUUUUUUUUUGAAAUGGUUGGUAGGGAUAUUAUAUUUAGAGUAUUAAAAGCUAGCAUGGUUAUCUUGUGCUAAUUUGAUUUUGUUAUUCCAUUUAUGCUUUGUCACAAGUAUUGCUUUUUCAUUGAGCGCUAUG